GGUCAAUCAAGUUCAGACAUGCUCAAUCAGAUUUCAAGAUGGCAGAAGGCGGAAGGCAUGAACUUGUUUACAUUCGACGGUUAAACACCGGAGCUAUAAUCAUGUAUGAAGUGUGAAACACCACCAGCAGCAUGCCUGUAGUCCCAGUCCUCAUGGUCCUCUACACAAAUGAUGCUGUUGAAGUCAGGUACUCGGACGGUUCCUGCCUCAAGAUGGCUCCAUGUGGCUCCACCUUUGUGCAUCACCAAAGUCCAGGGGAGACUAUUCACCCUGCUCAUGGUAUGAAGGUGAUCAAUCAGAGAUGUCAGUUUGUGACUAGUGACUAUAGACAGAAGGUGUUGGAAGCGCUCGACUUUAGGAACAGAUUCGCUGAACGGCCAUAUGUGUGUCCAGACCUCUUACUACAGGAUCAGCUGGUGUGUUUAUAUGCAAACAUCCGUGACGUGGCCUGGCCUCAGACUCUGGAGAAGGCUUCCUACGAGUACCUUCCUGAUGGAAGUGUGCGACUAAUGUCUGAGGAUGAACAUUCCAGUAUGGUACUCUCUACACACAAACAGGAUUUCACUGUCUGUUACCUCUCCAAGGUUAGCCGUGACAAACCAAAGGUCAAGGCCAGACACAAGUUCAAGGCCAGGAGCAUGACAGCUACCAACAACCGAAUGUCAACAGAAAGGGCUUCAAGACAAGAACGUUUUAAAUCACGAGAUGAAGAACAUAAAAUUUCUCCUGGGAAUGGAAAUUUGAGCAAUAAUCAUUAUUCAAGUAGAAAUAUAAUGAACGUCGAAAGAACUGGAACAAAUAUAAACUCAGAACCAAGGAAUAUCUCAGACGAGUUGGUUCAGAAUGAGAAUACAGUAUCAGAUCAUACAGCAAGGUCAGAAGUGGCAGGUCAUAGUAGUGAACAGAAAACAACAGAAACAGAUUCCAUAACAGCAAAACAUAAUCAUGAUAGAGACAAUUGUGAGAGUGAAGGGUCAAAGGAAGGUCAUAAGAAACUAACAAGGGAGACAGAUUCUGUGGAGGGAGACAGUGGCAGUCCGUUGUCCGAUGACCUCCAGCGUCGACUAACUGGUGACCUUAGUAUCUCUCCUAUCAGUCUUGUGAGUGGACUGCGUAGUGAAAAGUCCUCCCCCUGUACAGAGGAGGAGUAUCGCCGGUAUUCCACACCUACUCACUUUCAAUCUGACACCCAGGGGGCGGAGACUCGGCAGUGUGUACCUGGCAAGGGUGCUGCUAUUAGACAGUACAAACGUGAACAACAACCAGACGAUGGGUCAUUUCUCGACUAUCCUCCCGUCAAAAAUAAAAAUGAAGAUGUUGACUCUGCACUGGAUGAGACUUUAACCAGUCAUAAUGUGUCACAAGACCCGCAGAGAAAUCAAAUUCAUGCCGGAUCUAGUCCAACUAGCAUUCCCAACGUAAUGCAAAAACCUUCACCUAUUGAGUCUAGAUCAAAACCAUUAAUUAGAGGAGAAAUACGUCAAAAACCUUCAUUCGAACAAGAGAUGUAUAUCAGGGGCAAAAAAUCAAAUGAAUCUAGUCCAAGUAGCCAAUCAGAAAGAAGAGCAGAAGGGUCAUGGGAGGAGCCUUACCUGAGAAACCAAUCGGGUGAAAGGGAGGUUGGGUCGUGGGAGGAAUAUAGUCCAGGAAGCCAAUCAGGAGACAGGGAGGCUGGAUCAUGGGAGGAAUCUCCCGAGGCUCGCAUACAUUACACCUGGGUGACGAGACACUACUCCUGUGAGGAAUGUCCGGUGGUGUGGAGUCACUGUGUCAAUUUGGCCCGAGCUGUGCUGGACAACAGGGAAAGUUUGGAGCAGAAAGCCUUGAAGCUUUGCUCAAACCCAAAGAAGAAGCUGUCAGAUCACCAGGUUGUCAGGAGGAACAAGUGUGUCCUGUCUACCCUGCCCCGCCCCCUCCCUCUCAGCUGUGAAGGGCAGCACCUUCACUCCCUCGGAGGACGAUAUCUGUAUGAUGAUGAGAAAGAUCUUGAAGAAAAUCUAGCUGUAUUCAAACAAGGCAAGCUUAAGGUGCUUCUCAUAGAAGGAGUUGUGUUUAGGUUGGUGAGGCUGGCAACCACUAAGGUGGUGGAGAUAUUCCCGGGGGACAGUAGUGUUAUCACAUCACAGGGGUUGUCUGGUCACUUCUACAAACACACCAUCCCUCACGGACAUGACAAGGUAGAAGAAAGAACCUAUUCCCUGAAAUCGGCUCCACCCACUCCUCCGAAGGCAGCUUACUCUAUACAGAAACUUAUCAAGAGGGCGCACAGAUUUCUACUGCAAGCUGGCCAGGAAGAUCAGAUGAUCACUAAUGCUGAUGUGUGUUGCUGGAAGUAUGUGGAGAAGAAACUGGAGCUCGUCCCCACCACUGUACUGGAGGACUGUUGUGUCCCCGGCCACGGAAAAUUCUCCGCCUACUCCAACGGACAUGUCCGCAUCCUAUUUGACGACCGUACAUCUUUAGAGAUGACAUGUGACUUCAGCCGGAGAGUGAAGAAUUGUCUGGAGCACACAGAAGGCACUAUAGAUGAUACUCGGACUGAGACAGAUGAGAAUCAGAGCAUUUUAGUGACAAAACAGCACUUGACCGCCAGACAGACCGGCCUGUGUAAACUCCUACUGCCCAACGGUCAGUACCAGAUAGUAGAAGUCAACCACCCUGGUGUCUUCAAGAAGUACACCGAUGCUGCCACCGAAUGGGAGGCUUGGGUGAACAGUUCCCCAGGACAGAGAAAAGACUUCUACGAGCGCUGGGAUAAGCAGGACUCCCACCAAGUGCUGGCAGCAAAGGAAUUACAAAAGAUCAAGUGUUUUAAUUAUAUUGUUGACAAUACCGUGAGUAACCAGGCGUCACUUCCAUCACACGAUGUGGCUGUUAUGACAUCCAAGCCGUCAACAAGCCAUCAAGGCGUGGGCUUAGUGCAAUAUUCUAACAGAACUCAGUUUUCAAACUCUUCCAUCCCUCAUUCAAGAUAUGUGAACAGAUCUGAUAAUGUGACAAACAAAUGGCUUUCUGAUGAGGGUUCUCAAGGUCAGGGACAUUACAGUCAAGAUCAGCAUGGCUACGGGGCUUAUAAAAAAGGCUACAAUAUUUCAGAAUCCAGUGUUGGACACUUGAGCAGUGAAGGGCACUCUGGGAAUUUUCUUCGCAGUCAAAGUCAUCUUGGUUACAGUAUCCCUCCAGAAAAGGUCAUGACCUCUGCAAUACCUGGAUCAUAUCAGGGGUCAGGAGGUCAGAUAGGGAACAUUAGUCACACUGCCUCCAGGACCAGCAUGGACACUCUACAAGGCUUCAAUGCUGUCCGCGAGGCUCUCCUUAAAACAUCAAAGGCCAUACAGGACAUCGACUGUAUUCUCGAUAAAAAAUCGUAAUCCAUGUUAACAUUGAUAGGUUGUGACAUCGACUGUAUUCUGGAUAAAACAUCGUGAUCAAUGUUAACAUUGAUAGGUUGUGACAUCGACUGUAUUCUGGAUAAAACAUCGUGAUCAAUGUUAACAUUGAUAGGUUGUGACAUCGACUGUAUUCUGGAUAAAACAUCGUGAUCAAUGUUAACAUUGAUAGGUUGUGACAUCGACUGUAUUCUGGAUAAAACAUCGUGAUCAAUGUUAACAUUGAUAGGUUGUGACAUCGACUGUAUUCUGGAUAAAACAUCGUGAUCAAUGUUAACAUUGAUAGGUUGUGACAUCGACUGUAUUCUGGAUAAAACAUCGUGAUCAAUGUUAACAUUGAUAGGUUGUGACAUCGACUGUAUUCUGGAUAAAACAUCGUGAUCAAUGUUAACAUUGAUAGGUUGUGACAUCGACUGUAUUCUGGAUAAAACAUCGUGAUCAAUGUUAACAUUGAUAGGUUGUGACAUCGACUGUAUUCUGGAUAAAACAUCGUGAUCAAUGUUAACAUUGAUAGGUUGUGACAUCGACUGUAUUCUGGAUAAAACAUCGUGAUCAAUGUUAACAUUGAUAGGUUGUGACAUCGACUGUAUUCUGGAUAAAACAUCGUGAUCAAUGUUAACAUUGAUAGGUUGUGACAUCGACUGUAUUCUGGAUAAAACAUCGUGAUCAAUGUUAACAUUGAUAGGUUGUGACAUCGACUGUAUUCUGGAUAAAACAUCGUGAUCCAUGUUAACAUUGAUAGGUUGUGGCAAAAAAUAACACUUCAAAUGACAGUUAUAGACAGGUGUCCUUAUAAACAGGUGGAGGACAGUUAUAGACAGGUGUCCUUAUAAACAGGUGGAGGGCAGUUAUAGACAGGUGUCCUUAUAAACAGGUGGAGGGCAGUUAUAGACAGGUGUCCUUAUAAACAGGUGGAGGACAGUUAUAGACAGGUGUCCUUAUAAACAGGUUGAUCACUGAUUACUUACCAGAUAAUUAUAUAAACUGAAAAAAGUGACAUUAUGAAACAACAAAGUGCUGUUGCCUUAAAUUUUUGAAGUUGAAACAAAUGACAUUGCAAAAUCUUAAAAUAACCUUGCUGUCUUUUCCCCUCCCUCUCGCUAAUUUUGUUAAUUAAUAUAUACCGGUAAUCCAUCGAAGUUUUAUUUAAAUAUUUUUCUGUUUUAUUUAUUCAACACUAGAUCUACUCUUUUAUCUGAUUUUCAUUAUAAGAGUUAAUGGUGUUGCUCGUACUGAAAUGUUGGGUGUUAUGUACUAUAUAGAUUUUGUUCUAAGUUGUAAGUACUUUGUAAAACUACAGCAAAUACUACAUUUAUGUUUCCUCAGUAUUAUUGUUUGUUUUGUGAUUCUUUAUUUUUUGUGACUUUGUGGUGUGUGUUAUCGGAGAUUCUAUUUGUUAUUAUUUAUUUUCCUUCCUGUAAGUUAUUUAAUUAAAAUUUGCGGUGUAUCUGUCUUUCUAUCUGGAUGUAUUGUUUCAAAGACAUGCCUCCCAGGCCUCUUAAAUGUUUACUGUAAGUGAAAAAUACAGGUUUAUGAAUGGAAAAGUUUAAAUGAACUUGGGAUGAUUCCUAGUUCAAGGUCAUGGCCAUAUGGUUAGAGGUCAUUAAAGGUUGAUUAUUUGAAUUUACCCACUCAAGCAAUAUGGAUAUUUGGUCUCGUUACUGAAGUGUGUCGCAUAUACCACUGUCAUAGCUUUAAGUCACGAAUCAUUCUUAUAAGUCAAGGCCAUGGUUCAAGUUCAAACAUUGAAAAUUUAUAUUUACUCGCUCAGGCAAACAUUUGGUCUAAUUGCUGGUCAAAUGUUACUUAGAUCCUUAUAUCCUCAAGUGAGGCUCUUGUCAUAUCAUUUUUAUGAAACAAGGCAAAGAGGAGGUAGCCGACAUAACCCUCAGGUAUCUGGUACCCCCCCCCCCCCUGUUACAGUCAUGAAUUAAGUACAGAGCUUCCUGACGAUUUUUUAGCUAUAUUUUAUUAAUGGUAAUAAUAUGCAUUAAAGUUAUUGCUCCAGUAUUUAAGAUGUUAAGCACCACCAAAGGAGAUAACAUUAAAGUUAUUGCUCCAGUAUUUAAGAUGUUAAGCACCACCAAAGGAGAUACCACUUCAGUUAACAACAUUACCUAACAUGCUGUUUAUGCAGUCACUACAAUAUAAAGUAUAUAGUUAUACCUCAAACAAGUUUUAUUUUAGAGGUAUUUAUCUAAGACUAUUGUUGUGACAUCUAGCCUCAGACUGGCAUAUUUAUACAGUUUAGCUGUGUAUCAUAAAUGCUGGUGACCCUAACAGAGAUAAAAAGCAUGUGGCGAUAUUGCAAUUGUUUUAAAUCUUCCUACUUGUAAAGUUCCGAGACUUCAUUUUCACUCCGUCCUUUUCAUUGUCAACCUUCUUUGGUGUACAAAACAUAUAUAACAAUAUUUUUUACUAAAUUAAUUACAAAUAAUAUAUUAAAAUAUCUAAUG